GAGCAUAAGAACAGCAGGGUGGGCCAGACAUAUUGUGUGGGCAGUGCUUCCAAAAGGGCAGAGCCAAGCCUUUUGGGUUUAUCCUCAUCCAGCAGCGGCGGGAAUAUUGUCGUGCUUGUUCCAGCAUUUCGGCCCAAAUUUCUUUCGGACACCUGUAGCGUGCGCCGGCCGUUGCACGUACGGGGCUUGCCCCCGCGGCUUCCCACGAUGGCUUCUGCCCCCGCCGUCAAGCUGCAGAAGGCCACGCAGAAGGGCUUGGCGCAGCGUGCCCUCGCUGACACUGCCAAGGACGCAUCAAGCAGCAGCAUCAAGGUGUGCGUCCGUGUACGGCCUUUCAUCAAAGAGGAGAUCUCGGGCGAUCGCAGCGGUGGCAUGUGCGUGUGCUGCAUCGAGAUGCCGACCACGACCACUACCAUCAUGAGGAAGGGCGAGACGGCGCGAGAGUUCGAGUACGAUCGCUGUUACUGGUCGCACACCAAGGACCACCCCCUCUACGCCACCCAGCAGACUCUCCACGAUGAACUAGGAGUCGAAAAAGAAAACAACCAAAAACAUAAGCAUAAACGUCCAGAGUUUUGCACGGAUUUCUUUGAUCAGCGCUGGGCCCCCCUAGCGGUGCCUCUGGCGCCUCCCCUGGCGCGCUCCGCGCGCCAGGAGGAGGUGUCCACCCCGUAUCCAAGAAAUGCGUUCGGACCACCGAAAGUUAAUGUUUGUGCAAUAAUUCGUUAAGGGGUAACGAUGCUGUCGCACGCCUUCGACGGCUACAACAAUUGCGUCUUCGCCUAUGGGCAGACGGGCAGUGGCAAGAGCUACAGCGUCGUGGGCAGCGCGGGCGACGACCGUGGUCUCCUGCCUCGCAUCGUCGAGGGUCUCUUUCAGAAGAGCGCGGCAAUGUCGAAGGACAGUAAGAUGAAGAUGGUGGUAAGCGUAAUGGAGAUUUAUAACGAGGAGAUCCGUGAUUUACUCAACAUCCAAGCCGUGAGUGCGUCGCAGAAGAAGUUGGACGUACGGUUGCAUCCCACGCUGGGAGUGACGAUCCCUGGUCUCACGGAACACCCUUUGGACAGUUGCGCCAAUGUCAUCACUAUCGUCCAUGCGGGGCUUGAUAACCGAAAGGUGGGUUCCACUGCAAUGAACGCGUCGAGCAGUAGAAGCCAUUGCAUUUUUACCUUUAAGACUAGCUUCGUGGAACCUGACGGCAACACCAAGUCGUCACAAACUCACUUGGUAGAUUUGGCUGGCUCAGAGCGGGCAAGCCGAACUGGGGCUGAAGGCGAUCGCUUGAAGGAGGGUGCUGCUAUCAAUAAGGCUCUCUCGACUUUGGCCAGGGUUAUCUAUAAGGAGCUCGCGAAAGCGGGCGUGAGAAAAAACCCGCCCUUCCGGGAUUCGAAACUCACCCACGUCCUCAAAGAAGCCCUCGCUGGAAAUUCCAAGACGGUGAUGGUGGCCGCCAUAUCCCCCAGCGCGGUUGAUUAUGAUGAGACGCUCUCCACGAUGCAGUUUUGCCGGCAGGUGAAAAUGGUACAAACAAAAGCAGUCGCCAACACCAGCAACGAGAAGGGCAUCGAGGCGGAAUUGCGCCGCGAGGCCGAGAUGCUGCGCAGCAAGCUUGCCAUUGCCGAGGCCAAUGCUGGGGCAGGCGGCGGCGAUCCCAGCUCGACAGGUUCGGCUCAUGUGGACGAGGUGCUCUCCAAGUACGGCCGGGGCAAGGUGGACCUCCUCGUGCAGAAGCUAGAGCAGACGGAACAGCUGUCCAAGUUCUACGGCGCCUCCUACGACGAGUGGUUGGCGGAGGAGAAGCGCAAGAUCCAGAAGAGUGCCACCGUCGACCCCGACCAGAUCGAGCGUUUUCGACAGCAGCAGGCCAACAGAGAAGACGACGGCUCGGCUUCUGAGCACGAGGACAGCGAUGCGAGCGCCGACACCGCCAAGGACGAGUUCGUGCUGUGCAACUGCCUCACCAGAGAGGCCGCGAUCUCCGACACGAUCGAGACCUUCGCCAGAGGGGACGACGAGACGAACAGGAUCUCGGUCACCGGCCCCAUCGCGCGAGAGUUGCUGUCCGCGCUCGGGGGGAGCCGGGCGCUCCCUGGGGAGGAGGAGGACGAGGAGGUGGACGACCCACAGGAUCUGAUGGACCGCGCUGCAGCGCACAAGACCAAGGCGCUGGCACAGUGCUGGAGGAGCUGCGUCGAGGUCGAGAGCCUGGCGCUUCGGGUGUCCAGGCCAGGGGCGCCCAAGCUGGUGCUCAUCCCGCACGUUGCCAUUCGACCGGAUGAGAUUGACCUCACUUGCGAAGUCAUUGUGUCGGCCGAGUAUAACGAUGACGGAGAGGUUAUUCGCGAGUUGUUUCAUCGCGCGCAGUUGGAGUUGUUGCUCAAGUUCCUCCAGGACGAAGCUGCUGGCUUGAAUGAGGGUGAACAUGGCACGUAUGAUAAUGCAUGGGAGAUCGCCGUGGCUAGGGUGACUGGUCGUGCCACGCGCGCGGAGGUGAAGAAGAUGCAGGCGGAUUUGUCCACAGCGCCGCGGCCCUCGGACGUCGGCAGGCUCGGUCAGACCACCGAGGAGCUCCGCCUGGAGCUGGCGCAGCAGCAGUCAGCGACCGGCAGGAUCGAGAGCGAGGCCUCCGACACCAGGGCAGCCCACGCGCGUUUGGUGUCCGAGGAGUCAAAGGAACUGCAGAGAGAGUGCAACAUGGUGCGGAGGCUGGAGUCCAUGGCCGAAAGUCAGACCGUCGAGCUGGAGAUGCAGCAGUUCCAGCUCGAGGCAGCCAGGCGGGAGGGCGCGGCGGCCAGCAGACUGCGGGCCGAGGCCCAAGCCCUGCGCUCCGAGCUGGGCAGCGCAGAGCUCCGGCGGAGCGCCGCUCGCCGCGGCUCCGAGGACGCCCACGCCUCCGGCGACUCCCUGCGCUCGGAGCUGGGCGUGCUGCAGCGGGAGCUGUCCGCGAUGCGGCGCGCGGCCGAGGAGGCGAGGGUCGCCGAGGGCCAGCAGGCCGAGCGGGAGCUGCGGAUGCUGCAGCAGCAGAGCGGCGACGCCCAGCGGCUGCGGGGCGAGCUGGAUCAGGCACGGGCCCAGCUGGCGGCCGCGUUGAGCGCGGUGGAGGUGAUCGACGCCCAGGAGCCCGACGCCGACGCGGCGGAGCUGGUGAGGAGGCUCCAGCGGGAGGGCGCCGCGCUGCGGAAGCGGUGCGGCGAGGCCCUCUCCGAGGCGGGCGCCCUGCGCUCGGAGCUGGGCGAGCUGCAGCGGGAGCUCUCGGAUGCACAGGCCGCCGAGUGCCAGCAGGCCGAACAGGAGCUGCGGAUGCUGCAGUGCCAAAGCGACGAAACCCGGCGGCUGCGGGCUGAGCUGGGCGCACUGUGCGCGCAGCCCCAGGGCGCCCAGCUCGCGGCGGUGCAGCGGCAGCUGGCAGAGACCAGGAAGCGCCUGAAGGCGCAGGAGGCCCUGACCGAGGCCCACCGAGAGGCAUCGAGGGAUCUGCCCGCCAGCUUCGAGUCUGCGAUGGCUGCCAUAGACCAGGCCAGGCAGCAGCUGGAGCAGGCCAAUGCGCAGGGCGCCGCUGGCGCCAAGGGCUUGCCCCGGCGGCGGUGAGGGGGUCGCAGUCCUCCGCCAGCGGCCUGUGUGCAAACAGUGAUGCCGCGAUCGCACACGUGGAUUGUGCGAUCGCGGGGCGUUCUACUGCACAUCCCAGCCAGACUCGGGUGGUGCAUUGUUGUGACGUUUCACUGCACGCCACAUGUAACUCGCCUCAGGGGUUCUAAACAGCUCAUUCCCUCUGCCGACGUCUCGGGAAUCCAAGCGCGAACACGUGGC